AUGGUGUACAAAACGGGUUGGAACUCAGGGUCCUCUCCUGUCCACUCCUACAUCCAGGCACAGCCUAACUGGACUGAGAUUGUGAACAAAAAGCUCAAGUUUCCACCUCCACUCCUGGGUGCCAUCCAGGAGGGGCGUCUGGGUCUUGUGCAGCAGCUGCUGGAGGCAGGGGUGGAGGCCACCUUCGGUGGGCCAGGUGGGCCCCUGCGGAAUGUGGAAGAGGCCGAGGACCGCUCCUGGAGAGAAGCACUCAACCUGGCCAUCCGCCUGGGCCACGAGGCCAUCACUGACAUGCUGUUGGCCAAUGUCAAGUUCGACUUCCGGCAGAUCCACGAAGCCCUGCUAGUGGCAGUGGACACAAACCAGCCAGCAGUGGUGCGUCGCCUGCUAGCCCGGCUGGACCGGGAGAAGGGCCGCAAGGUUGACACUCGGUCUUUCUCUCUGGCUUUCUUUGACUCAUCCAUUGAUGGCUCCCGCUUUGCCCCUGGUGUCACUCCGCUCACACUGGCCUGUCAGAAGGACCUGUAUGAGAUCGCACAGCUGCUCAUGGAGCAGGGCCACACCAUUGCCCGGCCCCACCCGGUCUCCUGUGCCUGCCUCGAGUGCAGCAACGCCCGCCGCUACGACCUGCUGAAGUUCUCCCUGUCCCGCAUCAACACCUACCGCGGCAUCGCCAGCAGGGCCCACCUCUCCCUGGCCAGUGAAGACGCCAUGCUGGCCGCCUUCCAGCUCAGCCGUGAGCUUAGGCGCCUGGCCCGCAAGGAGCCUGAGUUUAAGCCUGAGUACAUCGCUCUGGAGUCGCUGUGCCAGGACUAUGGCUUUGAGCUGCUGGGCAUGUGCCGGAACCAGAGUGAAGUCACUGCCGUGCUCAACGACCUGGGGGAGGACAGUGAGACGGAGCCUGAGACUGAGAGCCUGGGCCAGGCCUUCGAGGAGGGAAUCCCUAACCUGGCAAGGCUGCGGCUGGCGGUCAACUACAACCAGAAACGGUUUGUAGCGCACCCCAUCUGCCAGCAAGUCCUGUCCUCCAUCUGGUGUGGGAAUCUGGCUGGCUGGCGUGGAAGCACCACCAUCUGGAAGCUCUUCAUCGCCUUCCUCAUCUUCCUCACCAUGCCCUUCCUCUGCAUUGGCUACUGGCUGGCACCCAAGUCCCGGCUGGGCCGCCUGCUGAAGAUCCCAGUGCUGAAGUUCCUACUGCACUCCGCCUCCUACCUGUGGUUCCUCAUCUUCCUGCUGGGAGAGUCCCUGGCCAUGGAGACACAGCUGAGCACCUUCAGCGGCCGCAGCCAGACUGUCUGGGAGACAUCACUGCACAUGAUUUGGGUCACAGGCUUCCUGUGGUUUGAGUGUAAGGAGGUGUGGAUCGAGGGCCUGCGAAGCUACCUCCUGGACUGGUGGAACUUCCUGGACGUGGUCAUCCUGUCCCUGUACCUGGCAGCCUUUGCCCUGCGCCUCCUCAUUGCCGGGCUUGCCUUUGUGUCCUGCAGGGAUGCCUCUGACAGUGCCAUCUGCCACUAUUUCACCACUGCUGAGCGAAGCGAGUGGCGCACUGAGGAUCCCCAGUUCCUUGCCGAGGUGCUCUUCGCCAUCACCAGCAUGCUCAGCUUCACCCGCCUGGCCUACAUUCUGCCGGCCCACGAAUCGCUGGGCACUCUGCAGAUCUCCAUCGGCAGGAUGAUUGAUGACAUGAUCAGGUUCAUGUUUAUCCUCAUGAUCAUCCUGACCGCCUUUCUCUGCGGCCUCAACAAUAUCUACGUGCCCUACCAGGAGACGGAGCAGCUGGGCAAUUUCAACGAGACAUUCCAGUUUCUGUUCUGGACCAUGUUUGGCAUGGAGGAACACAAAGUGGUAGACAUGCCUCAGUUUCUGGUGCCUGAAUUCGUGGGCCGGGCCCUCUAUGGCAUCUUUACCAUCGUCAUGGUCAUCGUGCUGCUCAACAUGCUCAUCGCCAUGAUCACCAACUCCUUCCAGAAGAUUGAGGAUGACGCUGACGUGGAGUGGAAGUUUGCUCGCUCCAAGCUCUACCUGUCCUACUUCCGAGAGGGCCUGACACUGCCUGUGCCCUUCAACAUCCUGCCCACCCCCAAGGCCUUCUUCUACCUUCUCAGGAGAAUUUUCCGGUUCAUCUGCUGUUGCUGCUCCUGCUGUAAAACCAAGAAGCCAGACUAUCCCCCGAUCCCCACCUUUGCCAACCCAGGGGCUGGGGCAGGAGCAGGGGCCGGGGCAGCGGCUGGGCCCGGGGAGGCAGAGCGAGGAUCCUACCGCCUUCGUGUCAUCAAAGCUCUGGUGCAGCGCUACAUAGAGACUGCCCGGCGGGAGUUCGAGGAGACCCGCCGGAAAGACCUGGGCAACAGACUGACAGAGCUGACCAAGACCGUAUCGCGGCUGCAAAGCGAGGUGGCCAGUGUGCGGCGGACCCUGGAGGCAGGAGGGACACCCCGGCCUCCCGAUGGUGCCAGCAUUCUCAGCCGCUACAUCACCCGAGUGCGCAACAGCUUCCAGAACCUGGGCCCCCCCAUCCCUGAGACCCCAGAGCUCACCAUGCCAGGCAUUGUGGAGACCCAAGACUCUUCAGAAACUGGGGUGCAGGCUGCAGGAGAGGCUGUGCUGUCCUCCCCAACUCAUGUGCUGGUGCACAGGGAGCAAGAAGCAGAGGGAACUGGGGACCUGCCCCCAGGGCAGGAUGCAGGGACUGAGGGGGAGUCCUAACACAGUGGAAAGGUCCUUUCUUCUGCUGUGGAGUACAAUGUACCAGUUGAGUGGGAUGAAGGUCACUGGGUCGAGCCUGUGCUUCUUUCUUUGCCUCAAUAAAGUUCCUGAUGUGGGUGACAGAU